AUGUCAGAAACUGAAGAUUCAACAAUGGUGCCUGAUGCUGAAGUCGACUACGAUCCUGACUAUCUGGCAAUGGUUCCAGCCCUCCAGGUUCCGUCAGCGAUUGGAAUUGGCUUUCUGAUCCUCAUCACCAGUUUUGGCAACAUCAUCACCAUCAUCGCCUUCGUUAGAGAUACCCGUCUUCACACUGUGUACGACUUCUACAUUUUCAACUUAGCCUUCGCCGAUCUCCUCAUCGGUUGUAUCAGUAUGCCUUUCUACGCUGUAUACACCCUCAAAGAGUUCCAGUGGGAUUUUGGUAAAGAGUUUUGCAAAGCUUGGCUGGCUAUCGAUUUUACCAUGUGUUUCGAAUCAGUUUUGUUGAUUCUGAUUAUAAGUUUAGACAGACUUCUUCUUUUUGUGUUCGGGCCACAUUAUACUUCUACAGUGACCUUUAAAAGGGCUAUAGCGCAAGUUGCAUUUUCGUGGUUAGUAUCGUUUCUUUUGUAUGGACCAGCAAUUAUUGGCUGGGACCAUUGGGUUGGAUAUUCCACAGUUGAAUAUAUGGACUGCACUGUGGAGUUUGCUUACAACUUUGAGUAUACGACCAUAACAGCUAUUCUCGAAUUUGUAUUACCAGUUACUGGAUUGGUAAUUAUCAACUUUUUGAUUUACCGGAAAAUAAGUGGCCGCUUUGCGAGGCAGAGAAGCAACCGAGUUAAACCAACAACAGACAAAGGGAACGUAGUAAAACGAUCAAAUUGUGAAAAACAAGAACCACAGAGCAGCGGUGAUCAAUUGGAUAAAGCUAACAGAAAUGUUGCCUUCGAGAAUGGUGAACAAAUCGUAUCCACAUCGUCAAGCACGGGUGCAAACACUUCGACACAGAGUAGCAAAUCAAUUCGAGAAAUAAAGCAAAUAAAGCAGGAAAAUAAAGCUGCGAGGUUUCUAGCCAUUCUAGUCCUGGUGUUUCUGGCGACGUGGGCGCCGUAUACAAUAACAACCAUUGUUCUCUCGUUCUGUGGCGAUGACUGUGUGAACACAAGCGCCUAUGAAAGCAUGAACUGGAUUUUGUGGGGCAAGUCGGCCAUCAACCCUUUCUUGUAUGCGAUGAACAGUCAACGGUACAGAUACAACUUCAAGAAGUAUAUAUGUUGCUGGAAAAAGCAGGCUCAACCACAAGACAACACUUGUCAAACUAUCGCUUAA